AUGUCCUCCCAAGACAGAGAAACACCACAAGAUGGUGUUCUUUCUAGGCUAUUGAGUGGGCUUCCGGAAGAAACGCCCCAGAUCAAAUUUUAUCCAGAUAAGGGCCCAAAAGUUACAGCAGACUUGCAAGAAGGAGUAUUGGUUUUGGAGAUAAUGGCCCUACUACCCCAUGAGAGAGCGGCCCAGGAGUUCCAGCGGUCCAUUGACUUUCGGAUUUUGACCAUGGGUCUCUGGAGUGAGAUUCUUAAUAAUGGCACUUCGCGAAUAACAAGUCUGGAUCAACGUUUUAUCAAGGAGCCAGAUGCUUCGUUUACACCCUAUAAUAUCAAUUGGCCGACAUUUACCAUGGAAGCUGGACUAUCCGAAAAUAAGGCCAAGCUGGCGAUUGAUGCUAAGGGAUGGCUCGAAUCAGCGGGCUCAAAAACCGAGGGCGUGAUAACGGUGAAAGUCGACCGCAACGCUCUCGAAAUUACCCUAACACGAUGGGAGUGGAAGAAAUAA